GGAAAACAUAACCUCAAAAUAAUUGAAAGUGACGGAAUGUCACAAUGACUAAACAUUAAAAACAGUGGACACUGGAAAAAUAUUAAUUUAAAUUUAUUCCAUUUUCGUGAUGCUUAGUUUUUAGAGCCUACGAUUAAGAUAAUUGGAAUGUAAACUAUUAUUAGUCUAGCGAAUUUGCUUGACAGCUUAAUAAUACAGGCAAAAUGGUAAACAUAACAUACUGCCCUCCCGGCAUCCACAUCUGGGAUGUUUGGGUGGACCACGGCACACCGCAAUGCUUCAUGGACACUUUGUCGUCCUCCGUACUGGCCGGUUUCAUCCUGAUAGCCGGAACGAUCCAGCUAUGCAUGUACCGCAAGUACGGGACGGAAGUCUCUCCGAAUCAUUUAUCGAAAUCGCGACUGUACCACUUACAGAUAUUUUUGACGUUGUUUCUACCCGGUCUGGAGAUAGUUAGGUUCGUGUUGCAGGCAACCGUGUAUGAGGACAGGGCGGUAUACGGAUAUAUGAUUGUAUCGUUAAUCCUGACAUUAUUCACUUAUCCGUUCUCGCUAUGGAUAGUGUGCGUGGAGAGGCACUACCUUCUACCGUCUGUCCCGACCAGAGGACACGGCAUCGUCCUCCUCAUAUUUUGGACUUUGAUCUUCAUUUCGGAAAACCUCGCUUUUCUGAACCUCGGACAGAAAAACUGGUGGUUCAAACUGACAAACACAACGGAUCAGAUUGAGAUGGCGCUUUACGUCCUACGGUACGUGUCCUGUCUGAUGAUAUUUUUCUUAGGAUUAAAAGCGCCAGGUAUCAUGCAGAACGUGGAUUACUUCAGUUUGAACGAUCCCCAGAGAAAUGUCAGCGGUCAGGAAAGGAGAGAUAGCAACCCCUCGACAUGGAAGAAUUUUUGGAAAAAAAUGAGGAUACUGUCCCCGUUCAUGUGGCCCAAGAAAGACACGUUUCUGCAGUUGAGGGUGCUUGUCUGUUUCGUCCUAUUGGCAGGGGGAAGGGUGGUGAAUCUAUACGUCCCUAUCUAUCAAAAAUAUAUAGUCGACAGUAUGGGUGGGGAUGAGAGUAAGAUGACAUUCCGUUGGGAUUGGAUUUUAAUUUAUGUAGGGUUUAAGUUUCUUCAGGGUGGAGGGACCGGUGGCAUGGGUCUGUUGAAUAAUGUAAGGUCGUUUCUGUGGAUAAGGAUACAACAAUACACCACGAGAGAAGUUGAGGUAGAACUGUUCAGACACCUGCAUAGUCUCUCCCUUCGGUGGCACUUGGGUAGAAAAACUGGCGAAGUGCUACGGGUGAUGGACCGGGGGACAGAUAGCAUAAACAACUUACUCAACUACAUUAUUUUCUCCAUACUUCCCACAAUAGUCGACAUCAUAGUGGCCAUAGUAUACUUUGUCGCUGCGUUCAAUAUUUGGUUCGGCAUCAUAGUGUUUAUAACGAUGAUGUUAUAUAUUUUAUUGACUAUUGUGAUAACCGAGUGGCGGACAAAGUACCAGAGACGCAUGAAUUUGGCGGAUAAUGAGACAAGAGCGAGAAGCGUGGAUUCUUUACUGAAUUUCGAGACAGUCAAGUAUUACGGUGCGGAACAAUACGAAGUCGAAGCUUUCAGGGAAGCAGUUUUGAAAUACCAGAAAGAAGAAUUCAAGUCUAGCAUAACCCUGAACAUCCUAAACACGGUGCAAAACGUUAUAAUUUGCGGUGGAAUGCUCGCCGGCAGCUUACUCUGCGUCCACAUGGUGGUGGACCAGCACACGUUGAAAGCCGGCGACUAUGUUCUCUUCGCCACUUACAUCGUCCAGCUGUACGUACCGCUAAACUGGUUCGGUACAUAUUACAGGGCGAUACAAAAGAACUUCGUCGACAUGGAAAACAUGUUUGACUUGCUCAGGGAAGAGCAGGAGGUGAUAGAUGCGCCAGGCGCCGGACCUAUUUCCGUAAAACGCGGUGCUGUAGAAUUCAAUAAUGUCACGUUUGGUUAUUUGCCCGAGAGGCUCGUCUUGAAAAAUGUGACUUUCUCGGUACCGUCCGGAAAAACUGUGGCGCUGGUGGGACCUUCUGGCAGCGGAAAAAGUACCGUCAUAAGGCUACUUUUCAGAUUCUAUGAUGUCGAGACUGGUUCUAUCAUCAUAGACGGGCAGAAUAUAAAGACCGUCACCCAGGAGUCCUUGAGGAGGUCCAUUGGUGUGGUACCACAAGACACGGUGCUCUUUAAUAAUACUAUUAAGUACAAUAUAAAGUACGGUCGUCUGACGGGCACCGAUACGGACGUCAUAGAAGCAGCUAGAGGUGCAGAUAUCCACGAUAAAAUAUUACAGUUUCCGGAGGGAUACGAAACACAAGUGGGCGAACGCGGUUUGCGGUUAAGCGGAGGGGAGAAGCAGAGGGUCGCUAUAGCCAGGACGCUGCUAAAGGCCCCAACUAUAAUUCUGCUGGACGAAGCUACGAGCGCCUUGGACACACAGACGGAAAGAAAUAUACAGGACUCCUUAGACAGAAUGUGUGCUAACAGGACUACGAUAAUCGUAGCACACAGGUUGUCGACUAUAAUACACGCCGACGAAAUCCUGGUGCUACAAGAGGGAGAAAUCGUAGAACGGGGAAGGCACGAGCACCUCAUCGGUCAAGAGGGAAUAUACGCAAACAUGUGGAAGCAGCAGCUGGAGAGCAGGGAGAACUCGUCUGGCGAAAACAGUUUGGAGAAGAACGCGGCAUAGCAAUACGUCACAUAGAAACAUACCUAUCUGCUUCUUUAAAUUAUUUAUCCAUAGUUCAGUCCCCUUAUCUCAUCGAGACUAUCGAUUUAGCCCACAUAUUUUAAGGUUAAAGUGGACUUUUCCCAACCAUACUUAAUCGUCGGCUAGAAGCCGUUAAAAAUUUGAUUUCUUACCAAUUCGACACAGUUUUGGACGUUUUCUGGCCCAUCCCCAUUCGCAACGCUUCGUGCGGCUGGAAAUGGGCCGUGAUCAUUCUAGGCAAAUUGCUUAUGUACCGUUAUUGUAAUGUAAAUUAUUUUUAUUAAGUAAAAUCUCAUUUCAAAAA